AUGGGAAACUUCAGAGGUGUAUGUAAGAAGAUUGAUCACUUCCCAGAGGACGCGGACUAUGAAGCAGAUGCUGCUGAAUACCUCCUCCGUGCUGUGCGUGCCUCCAGUAUCUUCCCCAUCAUGAGCGUGGGCCUGCUGUUCCUCGGGGGCCUCUGUGUGGCCGCUAGUGAGUUUUACCGGAGCCGACACAACGUCAUCCUCAGUGCAGGAAUCUUCUUUGUCUCCGCAGGUCUCAGUAACAUCAUAGGAAUUAUUGUCUAUAUCUCAGCCAACUCGGGUGACCCGGGCCAGAGUGACAGCAAAAAGUCCUACUCCUACGGCUGGUCCUUCUACUUCGGCGCCCUCUCCUUCAUCAUGGCAGAGAUGGUGGGCGUGCUGGCCGUGCACAUGUUCAUCGAGAAGCACCGCAAGCUACGGGCCAAGUCCCGCACCGAGCUCAUCAAAAAGUCCGCCUUCAGCCGCAUCCCUUCCUAUCGCUACCGCUUCCGGCGUCGCUCCAGCGUGCGUUCCUCCGAGGCCCCCAGCCGCGAUGCCUCACCGCUGGGUAAAGGUGGCUACACAGGGCCCGCUGCCUCCGAGAUGCCCAUGUACACGCUGAACCCCCGCGAGGCAGGCAACGCCGGCACCAAACCUGGCAGCGGCAUGGGCGGGCUGCUCAACUCAGAGAGGGAGUUCCUCCAGAGCAGCACGCUCACUAAAGACUACAGCAAGGACCCCAACCGCAGGACCACGCCUGUCUGAGAGGUGCUGGCUGCAGAUAUCGCCCAAUCAGAGUAUCAAAGAGAAGGAUGAUGAGAAAUACAGGGGGAAAGAAAACGCAGGGGACACACAGGGUUACGGGGGUGGGAGCGGGGUUUGAUAAACUUUGACUGUGAACUGUGAACUUUUAGCCUUUGAACUGUGAAUCCUGAGCCCUGUGAGAGUUCCGAUGUGUGUAGCAGGGUCGGAUUUGAUGGAGAAGUUGUUCCCAACUCCACUUUACCACAUAUCACUGUAGUUAUACCUGUAACUCCUUACAUAUGAAGGCACAUUCAAUUUAUGUUCAUGAGUUCAUAAAUUGACUCUCUGGCUUUUUUUCGAGGGGGAAACGGGAUUGACGGGAGUUUAAAAGCAUAUCGUAAGUGGUCUGCUGUUUGGGGCAACUUCUCCUACAUAAUGAAAAUAAUGUGAACUUUAAAGGAGAAGGGGAAAGAGGUGAGAUCUUUGACCUUUUGACCUCUGUCCUCCUGACCUUUUGGAUAGCAGUUGGAUUAGUGCAGGGAACAGCCUUAGAGCUCCGAGCUGUCUCUCUCAUGACCAUACUAUUUAAAAGUGCGGAAGUUAACACCUCAGGAACAGGAUCGAUUCAUUUUCAGUUCAGCUGGAUUCAAAACAUUCAUCGAAGAUGCAGUUUUGUCCGCUCAUGGCAGCACAUUUGUGGCACCAGUUAUUAUUUUCUACACAUAUUGUAUAUAUAUACUCCUUUCAUACUGAUUGAUGGAAAAGUUCACCUCAUCACUGACUGAACUGAAACUGAAUUGAGCUCAUUCCUGGUAACAUUUACCCCCAUCUCUCUGAUCCCAGGUCAGCUGUUAAACCUGCAUUGUGGUUUUUUGAUGAAAGGGAACAAAUACACUGACUACAGAUCAGCCGUUAGGGGGGGAGAGGUGUGACACAACAAAACUAAUGAAUCUCUUUUAGAUGGUAGAUCAUUGGUGCUUCCUUUUAACCCCCGUUUUUAGCCACACAAGUCAUCUCUUGAUUUAUUUUUUUCACCAAAAACUUAAAGAGAUGAUCGAAUAUUUGUCUGUCUGUCACCGUCACUUCUCACCUUCCACGUUUUCUCUGUGUAGCCCCAUAACUCACUUCACCGCCACCCUCUGCACACCUCCUCUCACCCUCUCUUUCUCUUUUAGGUCCUGUCUUCCGUCGGUGUCGCUCGUAGACUAGUUAGGGUUUCUGGAGGUCAUUGGUUCAGGGUGCUGUGGAGAGGAGACCGCUGAGCUGUGAACAUGCUUUAAGGCAGAGCCAAAAAGACAUUUAACAAAACAGAUGGACAUUUUUUUUGUUUGCCCACUACCUCUUGGUGAAUAUAUUUCAGAUGAGUUUAAUAUAAAGUUGUCUUUUCUUGCCAGAACAAUUGUCAACGAUUUCAGCUGCAGAAAUAAACGCUGAGAAAAUGCUCCCUUCACUCUAAAGUUCACGUCUCUCUACUCCAGCGGAGGAGCUGCUGAAAUUGAAUUUGUAUGUGGCGCACAAUUUAAAGAUAAAUAGAUGGAAUUGGCAGAAGUCCCAUGUAUUAUUCAGAGGAUUUGUGCUCCAUCCAUUCAGCUGUCACUCACGGCCUCUCCUCCUCUUUAUCUCCCUUACAUGUGCACAUACUGUAUACAACUACACAAACACAAGCCUACACACACACAUCUCCUGGCUGUGACAUGCACAGACAGUCACCGUCCUAUCAUAUUUCACCUGUACAGUUUUUACUGUGACAGAUUCUGGAGACACCUCAGUACAUUUACAUUUAUCUCCCUCAGACAUAUACACAUAACAAUACUGAAGUUGGUGCACUCUCUGACACUCUCUGUAUAUUCUGUGCUGAUGCCCAGACACACCACACCGACAUCAAAGAACUAGUGGAGACAAAGGCCGAUUGUUGUGUUGCCUCCUGUCGCCUGGGUCUCGGCCAGAAAGAUGCACUUGAACACACUGUAAAGACGACAGCCAACGGCCAACAAGCACAUACAUAGCCUGUGUGCGUCAUUAAAAAAGGGAAGCUGGAAGACAAAACAGGACAGAAUCAGGACACUAGUUAGCCAGUUAGCAUAUUAACAACACAACCUGAUGUUGACAGAACAAAGGAUAUUUACCGUGCGCUAGUGAACAACAACACAAACAAUUACAAAUCGUUUCCACUAAAGAGCUCAGUGCCUAAAUUAAAAAAAAAUAACGUACCUAAUACAACAAGUUUGUUUUGAUCUUACAUCCUCUUGACUUUGUUUGUUUGUUUUAUCUUUUUUCUUUUUGUUUUCCUCACUUCCGUUUCUCUUCUCAUGCGCUGAACUGAACUGCCAAUCAGAGUGAUUUCUCUCAGCAACAGGCUCGGGCAUACCUAUUGUCGAUUGAACAUACUAAAAAACAGCCAACUAGUACCAAGAGUAUGGGACACACCAUGAAAACUAAGGUGACCGAUGCUCACCAACAUGUCGACAUCUACGUAUGGCCGACUGUCGACUGUGUCAGGGCCCUUAUGUUGUGUUCACGUGGGCGCCAAUAAAACAAGCAAGUGAAUUACAUGUAAAGUCAACAACUUCCCAGUGCGAUGGACAUGAUGGACGCAAUGCGAAAUACACCAAAUAUGCUAAUAUAACCAGCGUAAAUUAAGCAAGUAGCGCAAUUUCAUGUCAUACGUUUAUUUGCGGGAGUUGAAAAAUCUGAACUUCAGCGACCAAUUCGUGCUGCUAUAGCCAGUCAGCAUUGAGAUUCUCUGAGGACUUAUGACGCCCAGGACGUACCAGCAGAAGUUCAUUCAUCCAUUCAGUGAUUUCACGUGAUUUAUUUGCGCAUAUGAAGCGACUCAACGCAUAAUAUUCUAGCGUUCAAACUCACGCGAGUAAUAUUUGGUGUGAACGAAGAUGAGAGUAGACAUGUUACAUACUGUAUUCGUGCUGUUUUUGACUGGGAACUGAUUAGUUCCUUAUUGAAACAUACUGGAACUCUUGUUUCAGUUACUUAAAUACACAUUAUCGGGCUUAAUUUUUGACUCCGAAAUCAUUCUUUAAGUACCUCUCAUUUUCUUAUCAGGUUAACCACAUGUAGCUACGAUCUCCCAACAGUUGGUGAUGUAUUGCUACUUCCAUCCAAUGUAAAUGCUGGUAAAGAAUUAAUGGGUAAAUCGGCAACAUAUUCUUAUUCCAGGUCUUAAAAUACCAACACUCUCUUGUGCCAUUGGCGUCUGAUGUACCCUUUAACAUCUGUAUGUGACACACAGCUGUCUCCUGGGCGAAACUUGUAAGACGUGGUUAAAGUUGUCACGGUGUGUUUAGGCAACAAAACUACUUGAUUAGGUUUAAAAAACAGAAUGUUUGGAGUGACUUCAGUCCAUGAGGUUAUGUUUAAACAGUAUUGACUUUACGUUAAAACAACAUUGAGUUUUGGUAUCACACAGGACACAAACAACAGUGUCCUGGGUCAAAGUCUGUGUUUGUUUGACCCAACCACCACUGCCCUACAUGGACUUUCCUCACUCUUUAUACAAGGUCAGUUGCUCUGAGCGUCAAAUGUUGCUGCGCAUGGAUUUACAUUAGAAUCAGCUGAAAGCGCAGUGCAUCCCAUAGAGGUGCCUUGGGGUGCCUCAGGGUCUGUGUCACGCACCAAAGGGCAUGACAAAGCAUCAGUGUUUGAAGACCUGGAAGUGAGAACAGGCUGAAAUUUCCUAAGCUGUUGCAACACGUAUGAAACCCCCAAAAGGCAUCCACUUUAUUACAGAUAGUGUCAUCUGAGCUCACAUUAAACCAUUUAUCACAUCACUGGACAACACCUGAUCACACACACACACACAGAUACAAGGGGAGGAGACAAAAUGGCCAUAAAACAAAGAGAAAGGGAAAGUGCCGCAGAGAGUUGAGACAGCAUGAGUAGCUAGUGUAAAUGUUAACAGCAUUUUUCUCAGACUUUUUCUGGGGCUGUGAGCAAAAAGGUGAGCGUGACACUCAAAGAGGGGGGAAAAAAUGCAUUUUUGUUUCCUUCUUUACCUCCCUGAGCCACCAUUGCACUGUUUUGUAUAAACUAACCAUGAAACAUCACCAAGCUGAAACCGUCACACCACUACUUUGAGACCCUGAUAAUAAAAGAUGUUUUAAAUCUCAGUCACACUGUUUAAUUUAUGGCGCUGCUGUUUUAUCCGCUGUCUUUUACGCCAUACGGGGAGCUUAAAGGGACAAACGUGCAUCAUCACACGAACUUGCUCUCGCUGUCCUCCACAUGUAAAUAUUAAUUUUGCAAGCUAACUACAACAUCAGCAGUUGUCAUGGGCUGUGAAAGGGAAAAAACUGCUUUUCUCCAAGCAAGGGCUUUUAAUUUUUAAAGGACAGGAGCACACAAGGGCUUUUUAUGCUCAGCGCUGCAGUGGCGUAGUUUUAAGGGUGUUAUGCGGAAAGAAAGGCAAAGUACAUUUGCACAGGAACGACCGUUUUUAAACCAGCUGAAUAGCUAACUAAAGAGACAACACGCUUCAUGCAGGAGAGAAGCGGAGGUAGAGAAAAUGCAAAGACUGUACUCUUCUACUCAUGUUAGCUACAGGUUAGCCUUUAGCUGCUUUUUUGGCUAACGUUAGGUUAGAUGGGUAACCUUCUGAAGUAAUUAGAGAUUAAGAAUAUUGCCUUAAGCAGAGGUAGAAUAAUUUUAAUUAAGGAUUAAUUGAGUUAGCUUAAGGAUCAAACAUAUAUUAGCAAACUAUUGUUAAUCAUACUUGGUGCCAAAUAUUACUCAAAAUGUUUAUCAUGGCCUCCAGGUUAGCUUUAGCUCAUAGCUCCAAGUACUCUUUUUUGCGUAGGACUUCCUGCAGUAUACCGACUCAGCAGUAGUAGCUCAGCACAUCAGAGGCCCCCGCGGACCCUGAGGGUCUGUCAGGGGUCAGAGUUCAGAAUCGCAUCCAUGAGCCAUGUCAGCAUUGACCUUUCAAACCAUGCAUGCCAUAUCCAUCUGCUUCCAGUGCUUACAUUCGCUGUAUCUCUUAAUCGAGUCUCAAAUGGCACCCUAAUCUCUAUCCUCCGUGGGGACACUGGACUGCUACAUUUAUAAGACGCCUUAUAAGGGUGUGUCGGCCCGUAAGCCUGUGCUGUGUUUAACGAUGUUUACUCCAAUAGAGCACGGGGUGCUUUUUGAGACUAGACCUCUGUCUAUCUCUUCUUACCGCCAUACAGCUUUGAUACUCUGAUAUCAACAACAAAUAAUUGUAUUAUUAGUAAAAAAAAAUUAUUCUACUCUAAAGGUGCCACUGUGCAGAGGAUGAAACACUCUGUCACAUAUUAUAGUUAUUAAUCUAUUAAUGGGGGGUUUGACUGAAAGGGAGCAGAGUUGGGAAGCAGGGGUCGUAGUCUUUGUAAUAUUAUAUUAUUCUAGUUUCAUUUUCUACUUUGAUGUGGUUUGUGAGAUUGUGUUGUUUCGAUCACAUCUGAAGCCUCUGACAGGAGGAGGGGGAGAGACAGUGGAGCGCUCGGACGAUCUGUCGUGGACAUUAACCUCGCCUCACUGGUGCCGGAGGUCGACUUUACAGUUUGCCAGCGGGACACUCAACACUGACAGUGCAAUACACAACACAUACAUGCAUUCAAAGUGAGGUUGCUAUACUUCUGAGGACUUAUUGGCCCGAUGUACUGCAGGUAAAAGUUGUGUUACCUGGCGCAGGGACUGAAUACAGAAAACAAUGCGAUCCAAUACAGCAGUCUGUGAAAACAUACUUUUAUGAAGCUUGAAGACUCACAAGGGCAAAAUACAGGAUCAGUUUACAUCGUGAGGCACUCAAUUCAACCACAGCCUCAAAAAUACUAUAUGAACUAUUUGAGUCGCAAUCUCUUCAAGUGUUACCAAAAAAAUCACAGAAGUGAUGUUUUUGCAGGACUGCCAUGGAUUGCAUCACAUUAAACAUGGGUUGCUUUUGCUGUUUGCACUCCUAUGUAUUAUUUAAUGCCUAUUUAGAUGGUUAAAAAAUGUUAUUACAUAUUACCCUCCUCCCUUUCACUGUGGCUUCAAAAUCAAGUUCUCUGUCUUGGUCCUCUGUUGGCACUUUAAUAUUAAAGGAAUACUUCACCCCCCAAAUGACCAUUUGUGUAUCAAUUCCUUAACCUGUGUUAUGUUGAAUUCAUGACGACAACUUUUGUUUUUCUAGCACGCCUGCAGUGAACGAAGAUGAAUUGAAGUCAUCCGGGUCUGCGUUUAACAGCAGCAAAACUAUAUCGAAACAUAUGUUUACAAACUCGUACACAACUCAUGCAGUAUAAUCCAAGUCUCAUUUAUCCAAUCAUAUGCUUAUGCAUAUGGCCCAAACAGGCCGUGCUUUCCAAAACAGA